AUGGCCCAAGUCCCUCUAUCCAGUCGCAAACGCGACCUGGCCUACCUCGUCUUCUUCGCCACACACCUUCCCAUCAUCUUUCUCGUCGACACUGUCCCCUUGCAACCAGCCUGGUUCCGCAGCGACUUGUCCGCCACAAUACGAGAGUACUACGUCGCGACGUACCGGGACAAAUUCUUCGAGAAUCCGGUGCCGGUGUGGUUCAAUGCGUUCAUUUGGAUGGAGCUGUUGUAUCAUGUUCCGGCGAGUUUGUGGGCUGUUUGGGGGCUGAUCAGAGAUCACCCACUCGUCCCUGUACAUCUCCUUGUUUUCGGCGUCCAGGCCUUUGUGACAUCUCUCACUUGUCUUGUCGACGUCUGGAGUUGGACCGAUCGCUCAGUCGCGGAAAAGCAGCAGAUUACGUAUCUGUAUGGGCCUUAUGUUGCACUAGGUGCCCUGAUGGCUUUUGAUAUGGUGCUGCGAUUGCGUUCCCAGCUGAUGCCCAAGGCCAAGCGCGACUGA